AUGAUUAGUGAUCAAACUAAAAUAAAUGGUUUUAUACUUAGUUCGAUUUCUCUUGGCUUUAAUACAUUUGCAUGUUUAAUAUCAUGCAUAAUUUCUCUUAUUAUUCUAUAUCAUCUUUAUUAUAAUCAUGUUAAACGUGAAGAUAAAAUAACUGUUGUUCUUUGUAGUCAUAUAUAUCUAACACUUUUAAUUAAUGGAAUAAUAUUUAUGUCAAUGAAUAUUCGAUCAAUACUGGGUGAUUUGUAUAAUCAAUCUUUUGAUUCAUCAUGGUGUAUUCUUUCAGGAUAUUUAUCUCUCGUAUUGGUUGGUAUGCUAUCCUGGAAUUUCCUAAACCAGGCAUUUUAUCGUCUCAUUCGAAUCGUUUAUUUUCAAAAUCGGCGAUUUCAAUCUUUAAAAUUAUAUAUAGUUUUACCAGUUAUAGAAUUAAUAAUAACAACAUCAAUUUUUCUAUGUGUUCUUCUACCUUUGAAUGGUGUAACAUAUUCGCCAAAUGAUUACUUUUGUUGUGCAACAUUCACAAAUAUUCCUGGCAUGCUUUCUUUAUCAUUCGUUGCUUAUAUAUGUCCAUUGUGUUGUAUAUUAUUUAUUUAUAUUCAUAUAACAAGAUUUAUUCAUCAUCAAGGAAAUAUUCCAACGUUAAUAAUCAAACAACGACAAUCUCGAGACUUACUUAUUAUGCGACGUAUUUUAGUAAUUGUUAGUUUAUUACUUCUUCUUGGAAUGCCUGCAUUGAUUCUUGUAACUAUGUUCAUAAUAACAGGUGAAGAGAAUCCAAUACUUAUUCGAAUUUCAUAUUUCUCGGCUAGUGUAUCUCAAAUAGGACUGAGUGUAGCAUUAGUUUUUUCUAUUCCACAACUAAAAAAUAUUAUUCUAAACUUACGAAGAACAAAUAUAGUGAUGCCUUUUAAUCGAACUAUUCAAGGCACAAUGCAAAUGAGAACGAUUGUUGGUAUUCAAUAA